AGAAUUAUCACCGUAAAAACUAGUUUAUAUGAUAGAAGAGUCCAAAGUCUUAUAAGAUUUUUUUUUUUAGGUGUUGAUCCUGCGAUACUCAUAACAUAUGGUAUAUCUAAACAUGUUGGGAUCAUCAACUCCCUCAUGUCAAUCAAAUAUGUUGUUUGUUAUUGAAGGCAACAUUGCAAAACAAGGUAAGGUUGUGCUUUGGUUAUUUAUGCAGAAUAAUGUGUCAAAUUAAAAGGGAUGACAAUUUCUAUAAAAGGGAAAACAGCCUAAGUCCAAUCGCAACUUUGUUGGUUCGUUGUGAUUAAUCUUUUAUUAUGUACCAUAAAAUAAAAAGAAAAAUGAGACCAAUCAUUAAUUAUUAGUCAACCUUAGUUUUCAUCGAUUUGCUUCACUAUGUUAGAAAGUAUUAUAUCCACUUCUUGUUUUAAACUUUGGCUUUAGUUUCACAAAAGUGCUACAUGCACGUAAAAAAAACCAAUCAUAAAGUAUUCAUAUAUAAAUAUACGUUUCGUUUAACUUAUUUUCAAUAUAUAUUCUAUAUGAGUGGUUGAUUUUGAUAUAAUUGUUAAUUGCAUCUUGUGAUUGUUACAAUGUACAUCAAUGAAUGAUCCACCAUGUUUUAAAGUUCUAAUCUGCCAUGUUAUCCACAAAGCCUGUUUCCACUCUUCAAUAUUAUUGAUUGCACAAUGGUUUCUUCUCUGCUUUUGCUUCUUCUUACCCUUUUCCCUUCAAAUGUUCACCCAUUACAUUUCAAUAUAACAGAUUUCAGUGAUGUUGAGAGUGCAAGCAAAGAUAUGGCAUAUGAAGGUGAUGCCAAAGUUGCCAACGGGUUCAUAGAGCUCAACAGGUAUGACUACUAUCGAACCGGCCGAGCCGUUUACAGCCAGCCUUUGCACCUUUGGGAUUCAUCCUCUAAGAUUCUCACAGACUUCACAACCUCCUUUAGAUUCACUAUUCAAGGACCAGAAUCCAAUAGCAGUGAUUAUAAUGUACUUGCUGAUGGAUUUGCCUUCCACAUGGCUCCUUUGAAUUUCACAACUCCACCCAACUCAGCUGGUGGCAAUUUUGGACUAUUCAACCUUUCCACACAUUUUGGCAUACCCCAAAAUCAAAUGUUUAUGGUGGAAUUUGACACAUUCCAAAAUAAAGAUUAUGAUCCUCUAGAGCUAGAGCACCAUGUUGGGAUCAACGAAAAUUCUGUCAAAUCCAUCAAGUAUACUAAGUUUGAUAUUGAAGGAAACAUUGGGAAACAAGGUCAUGCUUUAAUUACCUAUAAUUCUUCUACCAAGAACCUUGUUGUGUCUUGGUCUUUCAAUGGAGCUAGCACUCAUACUCUGUCUUGUGAGAUUGACCUCUCCAAAAUCCUACCAGAGUAUGUGACAGUUGGAUUCUCAGCUGCAACUGGCCACCGCUCGAACACACAACACAACAUUCAUUCUUGGGAAUUCAAUUCAACUUUGGAUUCCACCGAUUCUGAGGUAAACAGAAAGAAGAGGCAAAAAAGGAUCAUAGAAAUUGUUGCACUGACUUGCUCAAUAAUUGUAUUGGUGCUUAUGGUAUGUGUUUGUCUUAUCAAGAAAAGAAUUGCCAAGCUUCUACAUGAUGAUCAAGUAUCAGUCGCCAAUGACUUGGACGAAGCAUCACUACCUAGAAGAUUCAAGUACAAGGAACUAGUUCAAGCCACCAAUGAGUUCUCAAAUGAUAGAAAGCUUGGAAGUGGAGGAUCAAGUCAAGUUUACAAAGGUUUUCUAAGUCACUCAGGACGUGCAGUCGCAGUGAAGAGGAUUUUCGCUGAUAUUCAAGGAGGUGAGAAAAUAUUCAUCAAUGAAGUGAAGAUAAUAAGCCGUCUUAUACACAGAAACUUGGUGCAAUUCAUAGGGUGGUGCCACAACAAACAAGAGUUCUUCCUAGUUUUCGAGUACAUGCCUAAUGGAAGCCUAGACACUUAUCUCUUUGGAACAAGAAGAGCUCUGCCUUGGGAUGCAAGGUACAAGAUAGCUUUAGGUGUGGCCACGGCGCUUCAUUAUCUUCAUGAAGAUGCAGAACAAUGUGUGCUUCAUAGAGAUAUUAAGUCUGCUAACAUUCUAUUGGACACAGAUUUUAGCACCAAGCUUUGUGAUUUUGGCAUGGCAAAAUUGGUAGACCCAAGAUUGAAGACUCAAAGGACAGGAGUUGUAGGGACAUAUGGGUACUUGGCACCAGAAUAUCUCAAUGGAGGAAGGGCUAGCAAAGAAUCAGACAUAUAUAGUUUUGGGAUUGUAGCUUUGGAAAUUGCAUGUGGAAGGAAGACUUACCAAGAUGGAGAAUAUCAUAUUCCUCUAGUGAAGUGGGUAUGGCAACUCUAUGUGGAAGGGAAUAUUCUGAAUGUUGCUGAUGAAGGAUUGAACAAUAAUUUUGAUGAACUUCAAAUGACAUGCUUGCUAAUUGUGGGACUAUGGUGUACCAACCCGAAUGACAAGGAAAGGCCGAAAGCAGCACAAGUGAUCAAGGUUCUUCAACUUGAAUCGCCGCUACCUGAGCUUCAACAUGAUAUGCAUGAUCAUCCUCUUCAACCAACCAUGGUGAAGUUUAGAACUUCUUUUCAAUCAUCAUCCAUCAGCAAUAGCCUUGUUAUUGAUGGACGUUAGUGUCUAAGCAGAGAUAAGAUAUUUCACUUGAAAUGA